UUAUAUAAGAUUGAGUCACUAAAAUUCUUGCGGUCAGUGUACGGUGGGAUUGAGAGGAGCGGAUAGAGGCCGUCAUUGGUUCGGAGGAGAAUCCUUAUAAACUAAUUCGACGGAAGCGAUAUGAAUCACACUAAUUUUGCAUCUAUCGUGUUCUGCUUUACGAACAAGAAUAAUUUUAAUGAAGAUUAUUCAGCAGAAUAAACAAAACAAGAGGGGAUUCCAUAUGAAGUAUAAAGACGAUGCUGGUGCUUCCGAGAAUAACGCAUAGAAAAAACAAAUGUUCAAUUAUAUGACUUAAACUGCGAACCUGUCGUCAUAACAGAGCGGAAAUAAUCGCAGAUAAGUGAUGUGGAUAGCUUCGACAGGCAAGAAUUUCAACUUCAUUCUAUAGUUGAGAUACAUACAAAAACAAUUUAUGUUCACCAAUUGUUUUGUAUUCCGAACAGAUGCACAACAGUUAUCCAAAUACAAUUAUCUCCAGAAACGCCGCUGACCAUACAAAUAUACUUAUCAACGCCAACAAUGGCGAAAAGUGAAAAGUAGAAGUGCUCGAAGAAAAAUAUAGUCUGAGCGAGGUCUCUGAUAAGAUUAGCAAUACAAUAAAAUGAUUCGACUGACGGAAUUGAAACAAUGACCAGUAGAAAACAGCAACGAUGCGAAACAUGAUUCAUUCGUCGGUGUUUGGUGUCGUGAGGCGAGGGACUUGCUAAGUGUUACGUGACGUGGAAAUUAGGCCGGAUUACUGCUGCGUAGGAUAGUGGGUGACGGUUCGGUGACGCAAAAAACACGUGGUGCCGGCCAACAACGGCGUGAAACGUGACUGUUCCCCAAACUGAACUCUCCUUUUUUUGGGGUGGGAAAGCGGCCCAAAGCAACCGCACACUACAAUUGCAGUACCCCUUGUAUUGUAACUAUAAGAACACAUGCAAAUGGAAGAGGGAAUCCACCAGCUCAGCGUUACAAUCGAGCAUGCAUCCCUGCGCAGCAACGGCUUCCUGAAGCCAAACCCGUACGUAGAGAUUUCCAUCGACAAUAAAAGCACCCGCAAAACCGAUUUCCUGAAAAACACCAACGCACCCAAAUGGAACGAACGAUUCACGGUGAUAGUCUCGCCCGGCUCAGUGCUGCACUUCCGGGUGCUGGAUCAUUCCAGUUUCCGGAAGGAUUCCCUCCUUGGCCAGCAGACGGUCUAUCUGGCGAACAUACUCGAACACUAUAACGGAGUGUUGGAAAAUCUUGAGCUCAGCAUGGACCUGUUGGUUGAUGGCGCUGGAUCGUCGAAAACGAACGAACCGCGGCAACCUUUCAAAACCGGGGAGUUGGUUACAGUGCUGAAUGGAUUGAAGGUGGAUAUGCGAGCGAUGGCCCUGAGGGGGGCAGGGAGCAGUAGCGCCGGUAUCAAUCAUGGGAACGGUCACAAUAAUGAGAUUGCUGUCGCACACGUGAAUGGAAAUGGGCUCCACCCGUCGCUGGACAUGACAGCAAGCAGCAGCAGUAGCAGCUGCAACAGUCGUAGCAGUAUUCUUAACGGUGGCAUCAGAGCGCGUAUGCGAUUACGUGGCUCACUCCCAAGCCAACCACAAUCAUCCCAGCUUCAACCCCCGGUGGGUUUGAGUCAACAGUCAUCCCAACAUCAUCAUCCACCCCAUCAUUCUCCUUCGUCUGGGAGUCACAGUAACAGCUCGGCGGAUUGCGUUUCAGUGAACAGCACCGCAACAAAUUUCAACGAGCUAAAUAUACAUUCCGCAGGAGUCGCACCAGGAUCGAGUGCAAUGGGAAAUGGUGCGGCAAUGCCUAUGAUCGGAUGCGCAUCUCCAAUGGCUCCGUCAACUGGUGCGGUGCGUCGGAGUAGUGGAAUGAACUGGGAUCAACAGCAACCCCAACAACCCCAGCAGCCGCCACAACAGCAGCAGGCCCAAGCAAUGCAUCCGUUGGCUGCUGCUACCCAUCCACGUCUUGGGGCUGUUUAUUCCAACUCUUCGCAGGACUCACUGCUCAAUGGGAUUCCCAAUGGUGCUAACCACAGCCAAGCGCAACCUAAUAUGACAGGAGCAUUGGUUCCUAUGAAUGGAGCGGCACCAACACCACAGAUGCCAGGGGGAGCUCCAGGUGCUAUGCUCCCUAUAGGAGGAAGUCUCACCGAUCAACAGAUGAUGCUUCAAGCAGCAGCCCAACAGAAUCAGGAGGACAAUGAACCUCUGCCGGCAGGCUGGGAAAUGCGUGUGGAUAAAUACGGCCGCCGAUACUAUGUUGACCAUAACACCCGUUCAACGUAUUGGGAAAAACCACAACCGCUUCCUGCCGGUUGGGAAAUGCGACGCGAUGCACGUGGUCGAGUUUACUACGUGGAUCACAACACUCGAACCACAACCUGGCAACGGCCCAACAGUGAACGCUUGAUGCACUUCCAGCAUUGGCAGGGUCAACGUCAGCAUAUAAUUUCCCAAGGCAAUCAACGAUUCCUUUACCCGCAGCAUGCGCAGCAAUCGAACACAACAUCAGUUCCCCACGAAGAAGACGAUGGUCUUGGUGUCCUGCCAGACGGGUGGGAAAAGCGGGUCCAACCCGACAACCGCGUGUACUUUGUUAAUCAUAAAAAUCGCACUACUCAGUGGGAAGAUCCUCGGACGCAGGGUCAGGAAGUGAAUAUGCUCGCCGAAGGUCCACUACCGCCCGGGUGGGAGAUUCGAUACACCGCCACUGGGGAACGCUUCUUCGUGGACCACAACAAUCGGAAGACAACGUUUGACGACCCCCGACCGGGUGCUCCCAAAGGCGGAAAAGGGGUAUACGGUGUGCCGCGAGCCUAUGAACGUUCCUUCCGAUGGAAGCUCAGUCAAUUUAGGUACCUGUGUCAAAGCAAUGCUCUCGCGUCUCACAUCAAGAUAACUCUCACGCGACAAACCUUGUUCGAAGAUUCCUACCACCAAAUUAUGCGACUACCGGCAUACGAGCUCCGCCGGAGACUGUACAUAAUCUUCCGAGGCGAAGAAGGUCUCGAUUAUGGUGGGGUUUCGCGUGAGUGGUUCUUUUUGUUGUCCCACGAGGUUCUGAACCCAAUGUACUGUCUGUUCGAGUACGCCAACAAAAACAAUUACAGUCUACAGAUUAAUCCCGCGAGUUACGUGAAUCCGGACCAUUUGCAAUAUUUCAAAUUUAUCGGUCGGUUCAUCGCGAUGGCCCUCUACCACGGAAGGUUCAUAUAUUCUGGCUUUACGAUGCCAUUCUACAAACGGAUGCUAAAUAAAAAGCUAACAACCAAAGAUAUCGAAACUAUCGAUCCGGAGUUUUAUAAUUCGCUCAUUUGGGUGCGCGACAACAAUAUAGAUGAGUGCGGGCUGGAGCUGUGGUUUAGUGUAGACUUUGAGGUUCUAGGACAAAUUAUUCACCACGAGUUGAAGGACAACGGUGAUAAGGAGCGGGUCACCGAGGAGAACAAGGAAGAGUACAUAUCGCUAAUGACCGAGUGGCGGAUGACGAGAGGGAUCGAGGAACAGACCAAAACAUUUUUGGAAGGUUUCAAUGAGGUGGUGCCGCUGGAAUGGCUAAAAUAUUUCGAUGAACGAGAGCUGGAGCUUAUGUUGUGUGGCAUGCAGGAAAUCGACGUUGACGAUUGGCAGAGGAAUUCGAUCUAUCGGCACUAUAAUCGCAACAGCAAACAGGUGGUUUGGUUUUGGCAGUUUGUGCGGGAAACAGACAACGAAAAGCGCGCCAGACUGCUGCAGUUUGUGACCGGUACGUGUCGUGUUCCGGUGGGUGGAUUUGCCGAACUGAUGGGAUCAAACGGUCCACAGCGAUUCUGCAUCGAGAAAGUGGGAAAGGACACGUGGCUACCCCGGUCGCACACAUGCUUUAAUCGACUUGAUCUGCCGCCGUACAAGAGCUACGAUCAGCUGGUUGAGAAGCUCAACUAUGCAAUCGAGGAGACUGAGGGAUUCGGCCAGGAAUAAACAAUCGAACGGGGGUUGAGAAGUGCCAACAAAGUGAGUAAAGCUCUUGUGAUUCAAUCAAUAGUGAAUAGCAGUGGUCGAGAAUACAUUUGCGACAAAUAAACUUUUGGCAAUUUGAAAUGACUACCGAUACCGGUAUCCCUAGGUUUAGGCAAAAUGUUCACUUUUUCGUUGGUUGUACAUUGUAAUUUUAUUCAAUUAUUUUUUGUACGUUUAAAAAAAAUAUUCGACCUAAAGUUACACCUUAUUCCCGGAAAAGGGAACGAAACAACGGCUCCCCUCGAUGAUAUAUGAAAUAGAUGAAUUGUAAAUAAUCCGAAAGUUGAACUAAACGGAUGUAUUGUAUCGUUUAGUUUUACCUUGAUCCAAAAAUCGUGAUAAAUAAACAUAGGAGUAAACAUUGUUGUAAUAUAUGGAUAAUACUUGUAAAUAGGAGGUACCAGGCUUAGCUCGGAUAGACGGAAGCGAAAAAAAUAAUGUCACUUAAACUUAAUGCCCACAAUAAACUUGUUGUCUAUGAAAAAAGAAGCUUACUAAAAAGCAACAAUAACCGAUUAGCAGCUUCAUUAGCGUCCCCUUUUGAUCACCUAUUAAACACAACACUAGAUUUCAUGCAGAGUUUCUUGGGGCUCACUUUUGUGCUCUCAUGUCAUUUUUGUUUGUUUGUAUUGAGACAAAUCUAGGGAAAAAAACGUCGGGGCCAUGUUAGGAACAAUUCAAUACUGAAUGAAUUAUUUGUCCCUAUUGUGCAGAACCUAUCCAAGCCGGUAUAAUAAUGUAUCUAUCAACCAUGUUGUUAAAACAAAAGAAAUAGAAAUAUAGGAAAAAAUUAUGAUAGCAAAUAUUGUUUCGAACAAUCGUCUGAAAACUGGAAAUUCAACUUUGACUAUGGAAUAAAUUGGUGAAUUGAACAGUGAGAACAUAUUUUAACUUACAAGACUUCGGUCGGUACGAAAGCCGUGACCAGUAGCGUUUCCGCAUUUUUAACAACAUGCUGCUAUCAAUGAAUUAGCGUUGUAAAUAAGUGAAAAACACAGUAAGAAAAAUGAUUUAUAUAAUAAUCGGAAUAAAUUGUUUUUAUUUUUUGUUUUAUGAAUAAUAAAGGAAAUUAUCUUAUAAA